UUCCCCGAGAAAUCGAUGUCUCAACUGUUUCCGGCAAAGCACAUAUGAACUCAAUUUAUUUUACCGAGGAAGAUUAUCAUGGUAUUGAAGCAGUGGAGGGCUAUUUGUACCAUUUCAAGGUCAAAUCAGUGACUCCUAAUGGGAAUUAUGACGUGGGUCCACCUCACAGAAGUUAUGUUUCUGUGUCUGGAUUGUCACCUGCUACAAAAUACGAGUUCGAAUUUGUAAAUCAGAAUUGGUGCCACGAAGAAUCGAAGCUGAGCGUCAAUUAUUCAGUCUGCACUAAACCUGCAGCACCCAAGAAGUCUACAUUUCAAGUCGACAGCAAUUUGACGAGUUUGACUAUCAAGGGAACAGCAUCCACUGUCCAAGCAAUCACCGGACCCCUUGACGCAUACAGAAUAAGCUACUUGAACAAUAAAGAUUAUAGGGAUGACACAUUCCAAGCCGACAAAAAUGCUGAUUUAGAAUUGUCUGGACUAGAGCCGGGAACACAAUACAGCAUUAAAUUACGAACUGUGGUGACAUCUGUGGAAGGUUGUGGUAUACAAGUGUCCUCAGAUGCAACAACACUCUAUGUCUGCACAAAAGUAGCUGGUGUCCUUGACUCUUUGACCUUGAAUGACACUACUGCGACCUCACUUACCAUCAGUGGAUUUGGAGUGAACUCUGGCCGCUUCACCUCGCUAAACAUCACUCUUCGAGGGAUUUGGUUAUCAAUGCCAUCGAAAUUUCUAAAGUAA